AUGAUACCGACGCCAGAUCUUUCUCAUUUGACUAGGCAUGAUCUCGAGCAAGUGUACGACCCAGCAGAAGACACAUUCUUGCUACUGGAUAGCCUCGAGCAGGAGGCAGAAGCGCUCCGAAAGGAAUGUCCUCUGAUUUGUCUCGAGGUCGGGUCCGGAUCAGGAUGCGUGUCGGCGUUUCUUGGAAAGAUACUCGGACAAUCCUCUUCUCUUUACCUUUGCACUGAUAUAAACAAACACGCCACCCGUUGUACACUCGCAACAGGGAAACAGAACAAGAUGCCUCUAGAUCCAGUGACAUGCUCGCUAGCGCGACCUUUCUUAUCGCGAUUGCAUCACGGAGUUGAUGUACUCUUAUUUAACCCCCCUUAUGUGCCGACAGAUACAGAAGAAGCUUCCAGUGCUCAGAGUAGUGCUGGUAUUGCAGGGUCCUGGGCAGGGGGAGCUGAUGGAAUGGAAAUUACUAAUUGUUUGCUACAAGACGUUGAGGUAUCAUCUUUCCUAAUGCUGUGGAAUAUCAUUAACUAUGCUUCUCAGUGUCUGUUAUCGCCGCAGGGCAGAUUUUAUUUGGUUGCCUUGAAACAAAACGAUGUCCCAAGCAUCCGAUCCAGGAUGUUGGAAGACUUUGGUUUGACCAGCCAGGUUGUCAUCGAACGACGGGCGGGAAGAGAAUUUUUAUUAAUCAUUCGCUUCACACGGACCGUCCCUAGCUGA